AUGGGAGGACGACGCAAAAGCAAACGCGGCGGCGACGUGCCGAAUCCCAGGACACAUGAGGAGGAUCGCUCAGUCGCGUUGGCGGCGGCAGCAGCGGCUCAGGCCCGUGCUGCGGCGGACUCCUCCCGGCCCUACUGCCGAACCUGCCUGUCUCGCGAUGGGCGUGGCGGCGCCGGCCCCUGCUCCUGCUCCGACACCACCUCCGCCCAGCCGUCUGGCUCCUCGCGCGGCAGCGCCGUCCCCGCCCAACUUUAUGUCCCCUCCCGCGCCCCCAACCCGUGCCAGGAUCAUGUGGCCGGGCCUUCAUCCGCACUGACGCAGCCUCAACCGUCUGUCUCGUACUUGACCAAAUUGCUCGGCGCUACAACAUCCAAGGACACUGCCACUUCCUCAGCCUCCCCACAGGCUGUAGCUGAGACCCCGCCACCAAAGCCAACCAUUCAUGUCAACAGACCUCCUGAUUGGUAUUUUAGUAUUUACAUCAGGAUCGAUCGUUCAGGAUCUUUCCACACAUACCCUCAUCUCGGUGGACCAUUCAAGAGCUUACAGGAAGUUGAAAAGGCUAUUGAGCGCUAUCUUCAUGACAAGCGGCAUAAAACACUGUGGAACGAGCAAGCUGGGGAUGAAAUCAUUAUAAAGAAGGCUCUUUACUGGCCUGAUGGCAGAACAAGGAAAUGUUCAGACGAGCACGUAGUGGAGUAUACCCGUGAGCAAAUGAGUUUAAUGCUUCAAGCUUUACUGGACAAGUAUAAUGAGGAUCGCAAUCUUGUUGGGGAUCUUGCGUAUGAAUUCAAGGAUUUCUUGCACUAUCAAACAAUUUAUGAAGACUAUAAGUGGUACAAGCAUUUCAAUUUCACUACAAAGACUAAAGAUGGAAUUGAGAAUCUUUUCUUUGCUGAAGUGACAAAGGGGAAAGACAAUGCAUUGGUGGCCAACUGUUUCUGCAAGAUUGAAUCCAAUGAAAAUGGCCACUGCUAUGGUUGCAUAAAUCAUGGAAUUAUUGAUAUGAAGCACCCCGGCAAGGCCGAUGCAUAUUCUGGUGGUCACUUGAACGUACAUUUGCCAUUUGGUGGGCGCAGAAGCCGUCCUAACACGUGGACAGGCUCUAAGGAAAAUGUGGCAGCUGAGGAAGCUAGGCUGAGAUACAUCUAUGGUGUACGAUGAUUAGAAUUUAUUUAUCACAUUUUUAUCGAGCUAGCUGUUGGAGUUGUGGUGGGAAUAAACAAAUAUUUUUAUUGUUUGUGGUGUGUAUUAUCGUGGUAGUUGUUGGAGUUGUGUUUACUUGGCACAGCUCAGUGCUCCUUUGUUGUUACCCUCACUCCUGUAGAAGUUAUUUAUCAAGUACUUCCUCCGUCCGGAAUUAGUUGACGCUCAAAUGGGUCUAUCUAGCAUUGAGGCAGUAUGAAUUAUGGCAUCUGGUUAUUAUC